CACAUUCGCUGUAUUGUCGCCUUGGAAGACUGAGUUGCAGGGUGCAAGGGCGGCGAUUGAAUCACAUGAGACAUGGCAAUAACGACACCUACGAAGUUGCUGUUGUAUCAUUCAUCAGACUUUUGUUGAUGACUUUCGAAGUUCACUUCUCUCUAGCCGUGAUGCAAGGAAGACACCGCUGGUCGUGGCUCGGGAAUAUAUCUCUCCUUUUGAUUAUGAAGUUGGCUCCAGUCUGUCUUGGAGAAGCACAAACAUCUAGGGCGUGCUGCGAAGAGGGAGCAUAUCCUGACUGCGGGUAUGCGCAGGGAAUGACUCAGUUCACUAACUUCUCCGUGCAGCCGAGUGGAGACUUGCUCUUAUUUGGCGAGGGGGCCUCCAAUCAUUCGAAAGAUGAGUACUGCAUCGCUGACUGCUUUUACAACCUCACUCAAGGAGAACCAAAGUAUGUAUGGCUCUGCAGACUCUACAAAUGCUGGUGGAAGUUUUACGUGCUGGAUCCACUACUUUUAUCCGUGUCGUCUGUUUUUCUAGCCGUUUCGCUUAUCGUGUACGUCAGCGUCGCCGAACUAAGGGGGAAGGAGAGUAAUUGCCCUCUCAUGUGUAUGCUGUCAGCGCAGUUGCUCUCCUUCGCCUCCACCUUGGUCAUCAGGAUCCUGAGGAGCGAAAUCCCAGACAGCCUUUGUCGUUUCUUAGUUCUCCUGAACACUUUCGCAGUCUUGGCUACCUUUGCGUGGCUGAACGUCGUCUGCUACGAAGUCUGGACAUGCGUGCCACAGUUCCGCGACCGAAUGUCAGAAAGGAAAAAGAAGAGAUGGUGGCUCUUUAGUCUGUAUGGAUGGGGAUUCCCCUUUGUGUGGACGACGGUCGCCGGGGUCAUCGACCUGUUUCUCGCGGAGGACCACGUGCUGCAUCCCAGUUUUGUUAGGAAGCAGUGCUAUUUCAAAGAUAGUGUCACCGUGUGGUUCUAUAGGAACGGACCUAUGCUGCUAAUGAUGCUGGUGAACCUGUAUUUGUUCGUCCGUCUGGUGAACACUUUGUUGAAGCAGUUUCGAGAUAUAGAUCUUGUCCUGCAGACUACGAGAAGGCCGAUGGACAGGUACAAACUCUUUAUUCGCUUAUUUAUGGUGAUGGGAAUAGCUUGGUGUUUGGAGUUUUUCACACACACUGAUAAGUGUCCUGUCUGGGUAGUACUGUGUGAACUGGUCGUUGAGUUGCAAGGCCUCUGGAUCUUCUUCGUCACUACCUGCGCCCAAAACAACCGUCGACUGAUUCUGCGUUCCUGUGGCAACUUCAUAACGCGAUUCAGCUUCGUAAGAGGGUGCGCGGAGAACAGACGAGGGACCACGGGGACCGAAAGGGACACGGGCUCCACCAGUAAUACUACCGAAGCCAGAAAUUCGGUUUUAAGAAAUACAGAUACUACGCAGCUACCAGACGUCCCGGGACCGCCAUGCAUAUCUAGCAAUAUCGGAUCCCGCCUCUUCAGAAGUUCAAGAGAAUUCGGACCAGACAUCAGCUGUGACUAAUAUUUCACAGGCAGAAAAGGCCACAAGCGUUACAAGUGCAUCUGAAGCCGACUUCUAACAACUUACACGACAUUAGCAUAUUUGUAAGUAACCUCAUCAACGUACCUAAUAUUCUUAAGUCUCCAGGUAGAAAUUCAGGUACUGCAGUUGACGUGAAGAAUGCACACGUGACAGCAUCAACAAUAGAGACGCAUCAGACGUCACAAACUCUCGCACGGUAUUUGUCCAGAAUCUGUUUGGGUGAUGGCAAAAACCUGAUAUAAAAUGGCCUGGUAAAUUUACCGCCUCCGAAAUUAUAUACGUCGUCAAAACAAAUCAUUGUGGUCAGUUUUAGUCAUUUCCCCUCUUUUUCCUUUGUCUUUACAAAACUUUUUUUCGUGAUGUUCAAACAAUGGAAGCCUGGCGAGACACACACAUGCUUCGAGUAGUGAAACAUGUAGAAAUUCCCACAUAUCUUAUAGUCUUAUGGGUCACUUAUACAUAAAGAGUAUUGGAACGAACUGUCGUUUCAAUACUAAAGCAAAGCUAGUUAUUCAAAGCUUCUGUUGCAGAUGAAUGAUGUACAGUUGUACAUUCAUUGACAAAAGUUUUUUCCCGACGCUGCCAGACGCACGAGAACAUUACACACAUAACUCAUAUUCCUCAGAGCCUUUAUUAACUUUCAAAAUGAAGUGUCUUAGAUAUUCAUACAUUAUUAUAAAUUUAACGUUGCAGUAAACAAAAACAAGCGCAAGAAUAAACGUCGGCAGUUGUUAUACUCGUUUUGGUAGCGUAGGAAUGACGGUUGAUACUGCAUGUAGUUCAUCCGUAUAAACAUAUUUAUUACCUGUUGUACUGAAAUAUCUAAACUCAUUGCGUAAUUUCCUCGCCUAACUUAUAUUACUUUACAUUGAUAAUUGUGACUUAUUACCUCACUAUAUCGCCUCAGUCGAAACUAUUAUGCUGUCUGUUCAUCCAUAUUCACUCACAAUACAAGGAAAUAUUUAUGGAAACUUAUCGUAUCGUAAUAUGUGUGAUACCGUUUAUUAUAAUGUAUAACAGUUUUAUUGUAUCUACCUAUGUGUGUGGGGGGAGGGGUCAGGCUGCUAGUAUAUAUGAAAUUAUUAUAAAAAAUAGUGAUAAGAUUUAUUUAUUAAAAACCGUUUGUUGAAUACUGUACAAAGAACUAUGCUAUGUCAUUAAGUGAUUUUGGCAAGAUUCUCAUUUCGAUCUGAGGAUGAUUCCCUUUUGUGUUUACCUAGUGGCCUGCGCUACACCAGUUCUAGAGGUAAAUGUCUGAUUGGCUUUAAAAAAACAAUAAUCGUUGGUUGUUUAAGCGAUCAUUACUGUACAAGAUAGCUAUUGCAGAAGUAUCUACAACCUGUGGUUGCUUGUGGUUGCUUUCCAAGAACUUGCCUAUCAUCAAUUUCUGAAAAAACUGCGCAUAUUCAUCUACGUUUCUACUGAUUUUUUUUUCUUAUUUCUGGAUGAACUAGAACGAGAUUUCCUGAUGCUUGAUCUUAACUAUCUUGCUGUAUUUGCUAAGAAAGAACCACUUUUUUCCCCCUCGAUACCCUUAAAUGGAGACGGACUUCCUUUGCCACAUUGUUUAAAUACUCUUUUGACAUCGCAAAAAAAAUGGCGUUCUAGGAAUCAGUUAUAUUGUGUGAAAGGUUUCGUUAUUCAAUAACACCAGUGUCGUAAUCAGUGUCGUAACCCUACCAAAUAGUGAAUAAAUAUUAAAGGCGAAUUAA